UAUUGUUUUGUUCACUAUUAGACGACAGGAUUCAUCUUUAGCUGUUACAAAACUUCCUGAAAGUUCGACCCAAACACUGAAAAGAAGUGAAAGGACUCUGCUGAAGAAGAGGAAAGAAAAACCGACACAUCUGCAGGAACGUCUCGUGCAACUGGAAAGAAGAAGAAGAAGAGAGAAGAAGAAGAAGAAACCCUGAAAAGAAAAGUGUCCGGAAGUGUACCUGAGGAACUUGGUGUGCAUGUAUUUGUGUUAUAUCAGCUUGGCUAUACCUGUCCAAACCAGGAUCCCAGCCAUGACAGUGAACAGAGAGUCUGAUUUGGCAGUUAGUAAACGGACCAGUGAGAUACAAAUGAGCUUUUUUGAUGCAGUGUGAGAGGCAGACAAGAACACACAAGGGAACAUGGAGGGAAAAAGAAACGCCAGCAGAGUGCAGAGGCGCGCCUGGACCCCUGCCUCAGGAUACUCUUCACCCCCCAGCCCAAUCAGCUCACAGCUCAGCUGGGAUGAGGGCAGAGACGAGGACUUCCAGAGCCAAAUGGAUGAGAAUGGUAUCAUUGGCUUGAGAGAGAUGCAAGGGGAGCUGGAGCAAGACGAUGAGGUUGUAUUAGAGGAUGAAGAGGACAUGUUUUCAGAUAUUGGGACUCCAGAGCCGGAAGAAGGUCCACCUCUUGCAGUGGAAGAUCUCAGCUGUCACCUGAGUGAGCUGCUGGACUCUGAGCCUCUGUCCCAGCACAUCGGAGAUGACAGUCUCUCACCCACACACAAUUAUAUUGAGUAUAGUGUUUCUCUGGAGGACUGGAGUGAUGAUGAUGAUGAUGAUGGAGAGAAACCUGAUGAGGAAGAUCAGGAGAGCUUUAAUAUCUGUAGACCUAUCCCACAUUCAAGGCCAGAUACACGUCUCGUUUUGGGAAUUACGAAUGAUGAGAUUGAGGAGAUUAAGACGCACAGAGAUCAUGAGUCAUAUCCUUUUCAAAGGCAUAUAGACACCCAGGACAUCUGGGUGGACAGCCAUGAUGCCACUAGUCAUGAAGAAAUGGAUAAUAACAAGAAGUCUGAUAUAGCAACAUUAGAAACACGCACACCUUCCCAAAACAGUUGUGAUGAAAGGAGCCAUAUGUCUUCCUCGCCUUCCUUGAACAGCGCUCCUCAGACCCAUAUCCCUCCCCACAUCCCUGAACUGACUUUACAGGAAGAGGAGAGUAACUGUGCGAUUGAAGCUGACACAUUUGCAGAAUUAGGUGGGUCUAACAGCAGUCGACUCAGCCACAGUCCAAGAACUUACCAACCUGUCAGACGGCUGCAGGAGGAGGAGCCUGCAUCUGCACUGAGUAUCUUUGAGUCAGAAAAUGGUUCUCCUGAAUUAGAACAACAGUCUUCUCAGCCUCGUCCUCAUGUUUCCUCUCCUCGAGAUAUAAAUUCUGCACCACAGGUGGAUUACCCAUCUUCCAGCUCUGCACAGCCUCCAGCUAAAGGCUCCAGAUAUGGACAACGGAGGCACCACAGAACCUCCAGAACCUCUCACACUGACCUGAAUGAUGUGAGGAAGGGCCAGCUGAAUCACCCAAUGCCAGAUUUUUCCAAAGUGGAGCCCAGAGUUCGUUUCUCCAAAAGCAGCUACAAGCCCCCAAAGAGUUGGAAACCUCCUUCCAAAGAAGACUCAAAACUGGAAUCUCCUGUAGUGUUCAAAUCCCCUGCUGACAUUGUGAGGGAGGCUUUGUUGAGUAAUUCUGAAGGGCCCUCAGAUACUGUAGCCCUCAGCGAUUCUCAGAAGCCCUUGACUACUACAAUGCCUGAGGAGUUCCGGUGCCCCCUGCAGGCCAGUACUUUGGUGCAACAGCUUCAGGAGGAUUACAAUAGACUUCUAAUGAAGUAUGCAGAGGCUGAGAACACCAUUGACAGGCUACGUUUGGAAGCGAAGGUGUGGCUGUACUCGGACCCUCCCACACCCAGCCAGCCUAUUCUGUCAGGUGUUUUGAAGGAGGGGACAAAGGUUAUGACCCUGAAUUUUCCCCAGGCUCAGAGGGCAGACCUGGGCAUGGAUGCAAUGCAGUCGACUCAGCAAAGACUCGGCUCAGCUACCAGAGGGACACCCACUCGACCAUCCUCUGCCGACUCUUUUUCUUCAAGAUGGCGUGAAUCUCCUGCUGCAGCGCCACUGACUGAGGCACUCGCCAAACAGAUGGGGAGAUUUCAGCUACAGGUGAAUGAGUUUGACAAGCUACUAAAGAGUGGAAGACUGAAACCUUAUGAGCAGACACAGGGUUUGUCUCAGCUGGCCCAGGGUCAGGAGUCGAUAGAAAGAGUUUACGUGGCUGCUCGAGAAAAGCAUCAACAACUACAGAGGCAAAAAGGAGGGAAGUCAGGACCUUUUGACCCUGACAGGGAGCUCGAAAGUCUGAUAUUUCAGUCAGGGAUACGAUUGGAGGAACUGAAGGAGUGGAUAGAACACUCUGAGCAUCAUCAGGUCAUCGACCCUAUCCCAAGCGAACCCCAUCAUGCCCUUCAGCCCUGUGUUUCUCUGAAAGUGCCAGAGCCACAGCUGGAGAACCCCACCUCUGCAGCUCAUACAGAGGUCAUGGUCGGCUUGGAGGUGAGUUCUGUCAGUGGGGAGAGUGAUGGAGAGAGAGAGGAGGGUACAGAGGACAUGCUUCCAUCUGUCUUCCGUCCCCUGAACCACAAACAUCAACUUGUGGAAAAAGACUUUAGCAACCUGAUGGACCACUACCAGAACUUCAGGGAUUUAUCCAAGCUUCUGGACCGAGACCAGACUGAGGUGGACCACAAUUCCCUGGAGUUAAGAGAUCAUUCUUCUCACCCUGCCAGCAUUGAUGGGAUAGAAAUUGAACAGCAGUGGAGAAGUCAAGACAAGCGGGACUCAAACAGACCUCUCCAUCCACUGCCAGUGGCAGACUCUCUCUCAGGCCCCUCUUGUUGCUCACAUGCGUGUAACGCUAUGGAAACUCUCCCAGAGGCCUCAGUCCCAGCUUCAGCGUUGCCAAGGAAACCGGGCAGUGGAAGGAGAGCUGCAGGUAACAUAAAUUCCCACAGCUGCCCGGGAGAGAGAGGAGCAAUGGGAAGAAAGGCCCCUAAAGAGAAUGGCAGGACCCUGAGAGCACAGCUUCAGGAUGGUGUGGUAACUCCAGAAACAGACAGUGGAUUUCUGGGUUCGGAGAGCAGUCGACUCACACCUGCAGCACAAAGCCCUGUCCAACAGAGGGCAGCAGUGAGGGCGACAAGGCCAUCUGUCGCACAGGAAAAGUGCGGCAUAAAUCCUAAGUCUAGCUCUCCAGCACACACACAGCCAUCUUCAGAUCCCACUAAAGCCCAUGCCAUUGCUUCUGGAGGUGCUCCAAGAUCCUUGGCGAGAAGCAGAGAGGCAAGGAUGCGACACAUUCCCAGUUCGUCUGCCUCCAGCUCCCCCCUGCGCUGGCCCAGCACACCUCUCCAGCCUUGGCCUAGUAGCGGCAUUAGCGAGCUGGAGCAACAGAGCGAAUCUGCCCAUUCCUUAUCAGAAGAUGGAACACGACAGGGUGACCAACACACACGACCAUCCAAUCAGGAUCCUUCUUAUCUCAGAAACUCCUCCCUCACUGCACCCGAUCACCAUGGUGACCAUGUCAAAGCUCAAAGUUCUGGGCAGCUGGCGAAUCACCAUGAGGUCAUUGAGUCUCUUCAGGCAGAGGUGCACAGACUCAGGGACCACUUAGAGGAAGCACUCAGGACAGCCAGUCCUUCCCAUCGUGUGAGAGCGCCCCCUUUUCCCUCAAAGCACGUUAGAGACCAUACACCUCCUCAAAGAUCUACGCUUCAUCCAUGGCAGCGUGAUUUCAGGUCUUUGGAGAGAAAGACGGCUAGAAAGAGAGAACCAAGAGGGAUUGGGGGCACUGUGAAGGGGGAACAAGAAAGCCCUAUACCAAGGAGGAGAGCAGCAUCUGUGCCACGCCUCAGACCAGAUCCAGAUACCAGUACUGAUUCUGAGUAUACCCAGUCUGAAGACAUGACAUCAAAGCGCAUCCUAACAUCGCCUGUGAUGACACACACAACCCGGAGAACAAGGGCUGAAACUAGACGAAGCCCAAAGACGCACACAAAUCGCCAGAAGCGUAACAUAUCAGCUGACAGCUCAGAUGGGAGAAAUGAUGAGGCUGAAGGCAGAGGAAGACCAGGACAUUUGUGCUUGAGCUGUUUGGCACAACGCAAUAGAACCUCUGGAUGGCAAGCAAGAAAUAUUAGCACACCUACUCACACUCGUUACUCCUCUAAUUGCUGUCCUCUGUGUGGAGCAACAAAAAGAGAGCCAGUCCUUCCACCUGCCAACCAAAGUUCUGUGCAGAAGGAAACUCGGCCAGUGAGGUCCACACACAUGCAAACAGGGGGCGUGUACUUGGCAGUAGCACCUCCCCCUCCAGUGAUCGGCAGUGUCCCUGUGCUGCAGUGUGUGCCGGUCUGUCCUUCAGUCCUCUACUACUCCAGACCUGUGGUGUCAACCUCCUACCAAAAGCCUCUUUACAUUCCACUGAGUGAAGGGAAAGGCUACACGGGUCAUCGUAGGCGCUCACGAUCUUUAGACGCACAGCGCUCUCUCAGCCGUUCUCUGAACCGUGCCAUCGCCACCGCCAGUAGCGUAAGAGAGAUGUCUCAGCGCAUGGUGCACUCUCUCUCCUCAGGACUGCAUCACAUGAGCCCACUUGCAAAAUCCUGUACCUACUGAUGUUGUGCCACUGCUGUAUGCUAGUAGACAAAAACAUUCUUGACGUGAGAUUGGUAACGGAUAACUGGUAACGCGCUCACAUCUUAACCAUGGCAGCUGUACUGUGAUAAGCUUCACGUAUUGCACUGUUUACGGCUUUACAGCCAUUUUAUUUUAUAAUAAUUUCAGAUAGUGGAAAUACA